AUGCUCUUCUAUUCCGAUGGGAAGAAGGCAAUGGCCUCUGUUGAUGACGGCCCCUCAGGCUCAGACAAAGGCCAGAUUUAUAGCUUUAUCGCCCAGCUCAUCUUUGAGGGCCACCCCAAGUAUGGCGGUGCAUAUGAACAGAAUCAGAAGAAAUUUCGUGAUGCAGUCUCCAACCGCAUCACAAAAACAAAAUACAAGAAACUCAAGGCGAAAUUCAGUGAUACUGGUGCCGGUGUGGUGCCGCUAGGUGACAUGGCUACGAAAAAUUUGUUAGUUCUUAUUGAGCUCCCGUGGUACACAGAGCUUGAUCAAAUCUGGCAUUCCAACCCGUCCAUGGCCGCCAAGACUCACUCAUCCAAGCCAGGGGCCGAUCAUGCAGGCGCCUUGUAUUCACUCGUCCAACCACAUGGCAGGGCCGGUCCCGCCAUGCAUUUUGACGCCAGUGCUCAACGGUCUUCUGUACCUACUCAUGAUGCUCAGUCCUCCUCAAACUCCCAGCCCUACAACAUAUAUACCUCCCAUAGCGCAUUUCCUGCCGCAACUACAUAUCCACCUAGAGCCUCUCUUGCUAUGAAUUUGCAUGGCAAUCCUGCAAUUGAUCCGCAACUGCGUCCAGCUGCUCCUGCUCCCACCCUUACCUUACCUCAGCCUCAGACACACCUUCCUGGACUCUGUAACUCCCCCAAUGUUGAGAUCCGUGACGACUUUGCCCCCCAACGUGACAACAGUCAUUUGGAGAGCAGCCCAUUAGACUCCCCCCUUGGGGAUGCUUUAAACCACCUUGAUGAUGAUGAGAUUAUGUACGAUGAUACCAGUACCGCCAAUAACCCUCCCCAAGUUGCGGGGACCAAACGACAAUUUGCUGUGUCACCUUCUCCCCCUCCUUCAGCCCCACAACCACGACCAUUUCAAAUUCCCACCAAGUCCCCAGCAUCUUCAUAUGACAACCGCUCUGCAUUUGGUGCGCAGAGGCCGUUGAGCCAUGGGGGGCGACGCAAAGCGGCACCAGAGAUUGCACGCAGCAUGUCAAUGCCGUCAUCGACAACACGCAACACAACAUCUGCAUCGUCGUUGGACUAUAUUGGGUCGCCGACCCCACAGACGUCACUGCCAGUCAGUGCAGGGAGCUCGAAGAAGAAGGCUAAAUUUGACGUUAUGCAGCAGGUGGACCAGUUCCGGGGUGAGAUCAAGAGCUUACAGUCGGAUGCUAUGUCGCGUUAUGACAGCAAGCAUCAGUGGUUCCUCACAAAACUCGAGGUAAAGUCUGAGCAUCAUCAUGAAUCAAAAAAAUAUGAGUGGCUUCGCUCAAUGCGGGAUCAUGAGAUAUCUCAAGUGGCCCUCAACCAUUGGCGCCAACAGGAGGAUAAGGACACGGAGAUUCGCCUUCGUGAAGUGGAUAUACGGGUGCACGAAGCACAUUCGCAGGUGCUCGACAAGGAGGCUGAGACCCUCUGCCUCAAGAUACAAUUCCACCAGAUGACACAGGGUGGCAGAGCCUCGGCGUUGGAUGGAGCUGCAUGA